AUGUACGGCGAUGUGCGCGAUCUGGGUGCGACGAAUGCGAUUCUCAUCAUCGUGCAGCUCUUCUUCGCCGGCAUCAUCAUCAUCUGCCUUGACGAGCUCCUGCAGAAGGGUUACGGCCUUGGAUCUGGAAUUUCCCUCUUCAUCGCGACGAACAUCUGUGAAAGCAUCAUCUGGAAGGCAUUUAGCCCUACGACCAUCAACGCUGGCCGUGGCGCGGAGUUUGAGGGAGCCGUGAUCGCUCUCUUCCACCUGCUCAUCACCCGGACCGACAAAGUCCGCGCGCUCAAGGAAGCCUUUUACCGACAGAACCUGCCGAAUGUCACCAACCUCCUAGCCACCGUGCUUGUCUUCCUCAUCGUGAUUUACUUCCAGGGUUUCCGCGUUGUGCUCCCUGUUCGCUCUAAGAGCGCCAGGGGACAGCAGGGCUCUUACCCCAUCAAGCUCUUCUACACCUCGAACAUGCCUAUUAUUCUGCAGUCGGCUCUCGUCUCCAACCUGUAUUUCAUCUCGCAGCUGCUUUAUCGGAGGUAUGGCGGUUUCAUCCUUGUGCGCCUUCUUGGUGUGUGGGCUGAGUCGGAAUACUCAAGUUCAGGCCAGCUCAUUCCUGUCGGCGGACUUGUCUAUUACAUGACCCCUCCCGCGAGCUUGGCGGACAUUGCGGUGCAUCCGUUCCACGCUCUCUUCUACGUUACCUUCAUGCUCUCCGCCUGCGCACUCUUCUCCAAGACGUGGAUUGAGGUCUCCGGAUCGUCUGCACGCGACGUGGCGAAGCAACUCAAGGAGCAACAAAUGGUUAUGCCUGGUCAUCGCGAAUCCAACCUGCAGAAGGAGCUUAACCGCUACAUUCCCACAGCUGCUGCAUUUGGUGGGAUGUGCAUCGGUGCGCUGACCGUUGUUGCUGACUUCAUGGGUGCCAUUGGCUCCGGCACUGGAAUUCUCCUUGCCGUUACCAUCAUCUAUCAGUACUUCGAGAUGUUUGAUAAGGAGAGGGCCACUGAGCUUGGCGUCGCCGGACUCGCAGCGGCAUGGCGACUGAGCAAACAGGGGGUACAGGUGACGGUGUUGGAGAAAGACUCGCACAUUGGCGGCCAUGCGUUCACGUAUAGCACGGACGAUGGCGUUGAUGUGGACCUCGGAUUCAUGGUCUUCAACUCGGUGACCUACCCCAACAUGCUCUCCUUCUUCGAGGAACUAGAGGUGGCAAUAGAACCCUCCGACAUGUCCUUCUCCGUGUCGGUGCCGCGCUGCGAGUGGGGAAGCAACGGCCUCUCGGGCCUCUUUGCUUCGCGCCGCAACGCCUUCCGGCCCUCCUUCUGGCUCAUGCUCCGCGAGAUGACGGUUUUCCACCAGGACGUACUCAAGUGA